GCCUCCUCCCAGGUUAUUUUGCAGCUGGGACUUUGACCUUGAUGACUUGGGAGUCAGGAUGGCUCUGGACAGACAUCUCUCUCUUCAGGGACUCUGCUUCCUCCUGCUCAUCGUGGUGGGCGGUCAAGCUCUGGAGCUGAGGCUGAAGGAUGGAAGGCACCGCUGUGAGGGGAGAGUGGAACUGAAGCACCAAGGAAAAUGGGGCACUGUGAAUUAUGCUUACUGGGGUUUGCCGGGAGCAACCGUGGUGUGCAGACAGCUGGAAUGUGGAACUGCUGUUGAUGCUCCCAAGGCGUCUUAUUUUGGACGAGGGGAUGGUCCCAUCUGGUUGUAUGCUUUAUGUGAAGGGACAGAGUCAACUCUCACUGACUGUAGGCAUCCUAAUAUUACAGACUACAGGACUAAAGGCGCUUCCCAUGAUUGGGAUGCUGGAGCAGUCUGCUCAGGAUAUGUGCGCCUGGUUGUAGGGGACAGACCUUGCUCAGGGCGAGUAGAAGUGCAUUCUGGAGAAGACUGGAUGCCAGUGUCUGAUGGGAACUUUACAUUCUCCACUGCCCACGUCAUCUGUGCAGAGCUGGGAUGUGGCAAGGCUGUGUCUGUCCUGGGUCAGAGGCCCCUCAGAGAGCCAGGUAACCAGGUCUGGGCUGAAGAGUUCAGGUGUAAAGGGGACGAGCAUGAGCUCUCGUCCUGCCCCAGAGUGCCCUGUCCAGGAGGCACUUGUCACCACAGUGGAGCUGUUCAAGUUGUCUGUUCAGCAUACUCAGAAGUCCGGCUCAUGAGAAAUGGCACCUCUCAGUGUGCGGGGCGAGUGGAGAUGAAUAUUUCUGGAGGAUGGAGAACACUCUGUGCCUCCCACUGGACCAUGGCCAAUGCCAAUGUUGUCUGUCGUCAGCUCGGCUGUGGGGUCGCCCUCUCCACCCCAAAGGGAGCAGAGGGAGGUGAUCAGAUGUGGAAAGCCCGAUUUCACUGCUCUGGGGCUGAGUCCUUCUUGUGGAAUUGCCCUGUGACUGCCCUGGGUGUUCCUGACUGUGCCCAUGGAAACACAGCCUCUGUGAUCUGCUCAGGAAACCAGACCCAGGUGCUGCCUCAGUGCAAUGACUCCCUGUCUGAACCAGGAGGCUCUACAGCCUCAGAGGAGAGCACCACCAACUGCUCAGAGAGCAGACAGCUGCGCCUGGUGGAUGGAGAGAGUUAUUGCUCAGGGAGAGUGGAGAUCCUUCACCAGGGCUCCUGGGGCACCAUCUGUGAUGACAGCUGGGACCUGGACGAUGCGCACGUGGUGUGCAGGCAGCUGGGCUGUGGAGAUGCCAUCAGUGCACUGGGGUCUGCUCACUUUGGGGCGGGCUCAGGCCACAUCUGGCUGGAUGACGUGAACUGCACAGGAAAGGAGUCCCACGUGUGGCAGUGCCCUUUCAGGGGCUGGGGGCGGCACGACUGCAGACACAAGGAGGACGCAGGGGUCAUCUGCUCAGAGUCCCUGGCCCUCAGGAUGGUGAGCGAGGACCAGGAGUGUGCCGGGUGGCUGGAAGUUUUCUACAACGGGACCUGGGGCGGUGUCUGCCGCAGCCCCAUGGAAGACAUCACCUUGUCCAUGAUCUGCAGGCAGCUUGGCUGUGGGGACAGUGGAACCCUCAACUCUUCCGUUUCUCUUAGGGAAGGUUCUAGACCCCGGUGGGUCGAUGGAAUCCAGUGCGGAAAAACUGACACCUCUUUCUGGCAGUGUCCUUCUGACCCUUGGAAAAACAGUUCAUGUUCUCUAACAGAGGAAGCCUAUGUCUCCUGUGCAGGAAGGAGACCCAAGAGCUGCCCAACUGCUGCCCCCUGCACAGACAAAGAGAAGCUGCGACUCAGGGGAGGAGACAGCGUGUGCUCAGGGCGAGUGGAGGUGUGGCACAGCGGCUCCUGGGGCACUGUGUGUGAUGACUCCUGGAGCCUGGCGGAGGCCGAGGUGGUGUGUCAGCAGCUGGGCUGUGGCCAUGCCCUGGAAGCCCUGCGGGAUGCGGCAUUUGGCCCUGGAAGUGGGAGCAUCUGGCUGGACGAGGUGCAGUGCAGGGGCAGGGAGUCCUCCCUGUGGGACUGUGCUGCGGGGCCCUGGGGGCAGAGCGACUGCAAGCACGAGGAGGAUGCUGGAGUGAGGUGCUCUGGUCAAAGAACCACAUCUCCCCCCACUAUAGCAGGGGCCAGACCAGGCUCCAAUCCUAUCCCUGGCAUUUUUUCCCUUCCCGAGAUCCUCUGCCUCAUCCUGGGGGCUCUUCUCUUCCUGGUCCUCAUCAUCCUGGUGACACAGCUGCUCAGAUGGAGAGCAGAGCGCAGAGCCUUAUCCGGCUUGGAAGGGGCUCUCGCUGAGGCCGUGUAUGAAGAGAUCGAUUACCUUGUAACACCGAAGGAGGAUCUGCUGGGCAGCCCAGGGUUCCUAUCAGAUGACUCAGUGACGAAACUGCCGUAUUACACCGGGGAAGGUGAAGAGAACAGAGACUCCAAAUCUGCUCCAGAUGAACCCCCAACCCAGGGGAUUGAUGCCCCCAGUGAGGGUUAUGAUGAUGCUGAAGAGGUACCAGUGCCCGGGGCUCCUGCUGCCUCUCUGAUGAGCAAGAGGGAAGUGCCCCCAGAAGAGGAGAGUGGGAUGCGGGCCUCUCAGACAGGCUCUUCUCUGAACUUCCCUCGAGGGGAGGCUGAGCCUGAAAAAGGAGAAGCUAUCCGCUGGCUGCACCAGGGGGAAAUAUUUGACCCUGGGUACGACGACGUUGAAAUAAGUGCUCCUGGAACAUUCACCGUAGCUUUCCCAUGAUAGUCCAUUAAAUAUGAGAUGAAGGCUUCGAUACUCUAAUUGCUUGUAUUCUGAUAUGUUAAUGCUGAUGUAUAAUUGCAUUGUAUGGAAAUUGUUCAAAAUGAAAUAGUCUGAAUAAAGUAACUUUUUUUCUUUGUUGA